CUAGGCCUUGUUGUACUUCAUAUCACAUGAGCGAGAGCCCCACAGCUCUGGACCAGGCCUGGGACUCUCUCAUACUUGUGGCCACCCUAUACGUGGACAACCCCCAUUCAUUCUUACUCGAGAUCUACAAAACCUUCGCCGAUCACUUGAAGGAUGGUUGUUGGUCAUCUCGGCAAAAUCGGGUGUUCGAAUAUAUUUCUCAAGGCUUCACCGUCAUGCACGAUCGAUAUGAUACUGGUGGAGAUCGGCGGCAGCGAACACAAAUAGUGGAGGAUCUUCUAUAUGACCUUGCUCUUGUGAAUACCGGCAUGAGAGAGAAGGAACAAGCUAAGAGGAGAAGGAAACGAGCGGUGGCACGAGCAGAACAGGGGCAAGAAACUAGCCAGGCGUCUGACGCAUAUCGAGAUAUCCAUCGAAGGCACCCCUUGCUGCAUGGGCCCAGUACUGGUCGCAAGGUGUCUGCUUCCUUUGAUAGUGAUGAUGAUGAUGAGGAGGAAGCAGCGGGGGAAGGAGAGGGCACGGAAGAGACAGACGAUAGUGAUGAUCAGAGACACCACAGCAGACUUACUUCUCCCGCUCCGAGAGAAUCUAACCAUGAAGCUGCUCGAUUCAGAGAACCAGAGACAGCUGCUCUAGGCGCUCCUGGUCGAGAUCACGGGCCUUGUGAUGAGCGCGGGACAGCAUCGCGGGAGGCAGACGCUACACCGGGAGAGCUCAGAAAUAUGCCUGACUGGAUGCCAACACCUCAACAUCAGAUCAAAUGGACGGAGGAGGAACAAGAAUCUUUGGAGCGAGGGAUGAAAAAGUAUGCAGGAUAUCGGAAACGGUGGCAGUUGAUGCUCGCGGAUCCUGAGUUGAAGUUUGCACCGCAUCGAACGAAGGAGCAAUUACGAGAUCGACAUAGACGCGAGGAGAAGCGCAAGGAAUUGCACUCGGAAUGAUGCUGUCGAUGAAUCCUUUGCAAGAAUUUUCCCUCCCAUGCCUGUAAACAGAAAGCUGC